GCAGGGGUCGGGGCCGGGCCGGCACCCGCGGCCCCAUAAGAGGCUUGGGGCGGCGGCUGGUAGCGCCAGCAGGAGCAGCAGGCAGCAGCGGAGGCAGGAUGCAGGCGGCCCCCGGAGCGCAGGCGGCGCGGCCCUUCAAGCUGAGGAAGAGUUUCGCCACCAGGCUGGAAGAAGUAGCCGGCAUCAGGGCCAAGUUCCCGACGAAAAUCCCGGUGAUUGUUGAGAGGUACCAGAAGGAAAAAUACCUUCCUCUCCUGGACAAAACCAAGUUUCUUGUUCCCGAGGAGCUGACCAUGACGCAGUUCAUAACCAUCAUCAGAAGCAGGAUGGCUCUAACUGCUACACAAGCUUUCUACCUGCUGGUGAACAACAAGAGCUUAGCCAGUAUGUCCUUGACAAUGGCAGAAGUGUACAGGGACUACAAAGAUGAAGAUGGCUUUGUGUACAUGACAUACGCUUCCCAGGAGAUGUUUGGAUGCUUCUUACUCACUCAAGGGAAAACUUUGAAAUGUCUUCAAAAAACCUAAGGCUGGGGUCUGCGUGCUGCAGCGCAGCAGUUUUGCUGUGAGUCAUGCCUGUGACGUGAAGCUCAGAGACGCUCCUUCCAAUAUGAGUUCAUGAGCUCUGUACUGGGGAGUCAUGACACAAAAGCUGGCAGGACCAGCUCAAGGCAGAAAUGGUGGUACACUUUUCAUGGAUAAUAACUUAGAUAUCUAUUUUUAUACCUGAAGACACUAUGGGUUGGUUUUUGUUUUUUUUUUUUUUUUUUUUUUUGGAACUGCACCUCCACUUUUUUUUUUUUUUUUGCAAUACCAAUCUUUGAUGUAACUGCUUUUUAAGGUGUCAUUAAAGUUUAAAUUUAAGAGUAAAAUAAAGAAACUUUUAAGUACUGGGUUGAACAUUAGCUUUAAUCUGGGGAAAGUCUAUCUAGGUGAUGGUCCUAGAACAAUUCUGGGGAUCUGAGCUUAAUGGCUCUUAAAUGAAGCACUGCUUGUAUAGCUACUCCUUCUCUUCUGAAAGAGAUAACAAAGUUCUGGGUCAGCUUCACUGUGAGUGACUUUACCUGUAAACAACUUGUUAAGCUAGGUACUUGAGCUGCAAGAUGACAGUAGUGUUAGAACAGGAUUCAGUGUAGUUUCAGCACCUGAAUAAAAACUCCUGUCAGCUGUUAUAGAAAAUGCUGUGAAUGCCUAUGAUAGACAACAAUUGCUUCAAAUGGUCAAUACUGACUGCUAGGCAGCAUAACCUAAAUGCAGGUAAUGUGACUAGAACUCUGACUUGAGUGUUCAAGAUCUCUCUAGUCUGGCCUCUCUAGGAAAGAUGCUCGCAUCUUUCCCAUACAGGCACCUGCGUGUCCCUUCUGCAGAAGGGCUUCAUUAAGCCUUCUCUGAAGGGUGGGGAUCUGUUGUACCUUACAGUGGAGAGGUAUGCCAGUGUCUAAAACUCCCUAAACCUAAAUUAUAGGACCUCUUGACAGAAGGCUGAAGUUAGCCUUCCUGGCUUCCUCAUAUCUGAGGAAUGUAUCAGGAAAGCUAAGAAUAUUCUGAGCAUGCAUAAUGAACUUAAAACACCAAGUCAUUUAGGAAUCUGUUGCAGCGUGCAGUUAACAAUUUUAGGCAGCCUCAGCUUAGGAUGGUCAAAUUGUUACAUCAUGAUGCAAUUGUUUUGUUCAGUACUGAAUUGACUUGCAGGGUGAUUAAUGUAGGAAGUGCUAGACUGAAGGAAGAAGUGUUGACAGUAUUUAAAUUAUGCAUAAGGAAGGAAUGUGUAUGUAAUAGCUUUUCGCAGUGGCUCUCUUGAAUUUAAAGCUCUGAGCAGAUUUGGGCUCAAGCCUCUAAACCUAAAAGCUACUGUAUUGCCUGGUAAGGGGUACCUGCAUCACUGAAGGUUUUAUUUACCAGCUCAUAAAACAAGGCAGAUUGGGAGGAUGCAGGCACAAAGGAAUCAUUGACCUGCCCAACUCAGUAGAAAGGGGCAGGCUGUGUCAGAGCAUGGGUUAUGAAAACAGGCAGGCUUUGGGAUCCCAGAAUCUGUUGCUUGGAUCAAGUUCACUUCUUAUGGAAACAGCUUCCAUUCCACAAAUUGAAUGCAAAUAGCCAUUUGUUACAAGCCCUCAGGGAGGCAAAGACACCUGUUUGGCAGGCAUAGGGCAGGGCAAUGUUGGACAGCUGUGGGAACCCCAGGGUGGGAGUAGCAAGGGGAAGUCUUGCUGUGUUCUAGCACUCUUGACAGCCCAAGAGCUCAGUUAAUAUUUUGCUUCGUUGGCUCCUCUGUUUGUCUUCCUGUCUUGUGUGAUAUUUGGUGCGUGAAGAGAAAAGUACUACAGAUUCUUGGCUGGAACAGUUCUGUCUGACAGCCAACUUUCUUUAGUCUGUAAUGUAGUGGCUGAGGUGUAAGUGUUGAUCCUUCCAGCUCACAUUGACAUUAGACUGUGUGCUGUCUAACAGGCUCAAUUGCAGAUCCAGCCAAAAAGUUACUGCAGAAGAAGGUCAGUUGCAGGUGAAGAACAUCUUUAUAAACCUAUUCAAACUGCCCUGUUGAACCCAGAGAGAAGUUUCAUGAGCUGGUAAAGCUCCAUCAUUGGGUAAUAGUAAUAGAUAUGCCCUUCUACCAGGUGUCAAAGCAAGUAAGAUUAACCAUCAAAGGCAGUCUUCAAAGAGUCUUAGAGUAAUAAGCUAGGAAUUAGAUGCCCAAAUACAUCAGGUAUCCUGCUAGUGUGACAAGAAGCUCUGGAUUGAACCUAUUGUCUCUUCAACUGCAGGGAACAACUGAAAAAGAAGCAAACAGAAAAAGCUUUGCUCUGAUGACUGACAUAAGCAACUGAGAUAACCACAGCUGCCUCCAAUGAGCUGCUGUUUGAAGAGCUAAUAUUUGUUUUAGCUAUUACCCAUUGAUUACAGACAAGUACGUAGUUCUGUAGUUCUUGCAAUGAAGGACACCACUGGAAGUCAGUGAUAAGUAAACUCUAUAGUGUUUUCUGAUGUACUACCAAUCUAUAAAGAGAAGAUAGAGAUGCUACUAAUGUUUGUUAAAAUAUAUUCAUUUCUGAAUUAAGAUGUGGAUAUGGUUCUUUAAUAUCCAAAACCUCCACCAGAGAAAAGAACAUGUAAGGAUACUUUUCUUUCUGCCAUAGACUACCAGCUAAAUCCUGGAAGGUGUGUGGUGUUCUGGCUACAAAGCUCUUGGGUAUGUAUGUGCUCUGCUGAAGUUACUUGUUUGGUUGGGUCCACAGCCCUUGAACCCUAGCAAAAUCAAGCAUUACAUCUCAUCUUCAAAUCAAUAUAAUUGAAAGGACACUGAAUUUAGGUGUGGAAUGAAGACUAAAAUUGCCCUUGCUGCCUUGCUUUUGAGUUGUUAUUGUGUUUUUGUUUUUGUUUUUUUUAAUUAUUUUUAAGUGAGGAUUGUGUAAAAUAGAGUACUGGGUGAGUUGUGACUUCAACAUAGCUGAGUGGAAUUACACAGAAAUAACACUGGGGGAGGAAAACGGUCUGUUUCCUUACCUUCACUUAGAAAGCUCUAGUUUUAAUAACCGCAGAUACCACUAGUGUCAAUAAAAGGGAAAAACAAAAGCACCUAAAA